UCAUCUCAUAUCUCUCUUCUCUCUCUCUCUCUUUUCCUAUUUCAAGUCUCUUCUAACCUUCUCUUGGUUCUCACUCACCUCUUCUAUCUAACAAAAAAAAUACCCAAUUCUCUUUUCUUGACUCCCUUUUGACAAAGACUCUCUCUUUACUCCCUGAAAUAAUUAUUUUGACCCCAAUUCUUGAUCCUCAUUGGAUUCAUCGAAGUUACAGCCUGGCGUACUUUUUCUUUGAGAGGGGAAUUUUGGUGAAGCUUCUGGAGAGAAGCAGAAGUAGUUAACACUCUGGCCAACACUCGAGUGAAGUCCUCUCCCUCUUUUGGUGAAUGGGAUAGGGUUGAGGCUAGAAGGAGGAUACUUCUUGGAGUUUCACUUCUUCAUUAUCUUUCUUCUUCUCCUUAUUUGUCUAAUUGGGCUCUUUCAUUGCUUUGGCGUUUGCCUAUUGAUUACGGCUAAUUUGCCAUCUACUAAAGCUGCUGCUUUUUUCAAGAUUCCAUCUUUUUGUAAUUCUGUGUAAGCUUUUUUUUUUCUUGACAUGUGAAUUGUAAACUUUCAAAGAUCAAAACUUUUUUUUUUCUGUGGGGUUGAAAGAUUAGUUGGAAAGGAGGAGCUAACAAAUUGGAAGAAAGAAUUUGAUUUUCAGAGUGAAAGAAAAUGGCAAUUUGCAACUGCUUUUGUGGUCCAGUAGGGAGAAGCAGGAAAGAUAAGGGAGAUAAGAGAGUUCCAAGAACUGCUGAUGAGCCUGUACUAGUUGAAAGUUCUGUAAAAUCUACUGCUAUAACAGAUGACUCAAAAUCGUCUUCCUUUGUUGUUCCUUUACCUUUUGGGGGUUCUAGCAAGGUAAUGAAUCAUGAAAGUCCUGUUAAGGGAGAUACAGAAGAGGUGGCUUAUGAAGGAGAAGAUGAGCAUGAUGAAAGCUUGUCCAUGAAGAGGGACAACUCUGAUUUUGAUCUGCAAGCACGCGGUGAUCAAUCAUUCAACGAAGAGAUUAAUCGUAAUUGCUCAUUUGAAAGUGAAAUGAAUCACCAGGAUCAUAACAAAUCUGAGGAGAUUGUGAAAAGUGGGCACAUUAGUGAUCCAGGAUUUGGUAAAGUAGAAUCUUGGGCUUCGCCAAGGCUUCAGCGAUCAUGCUCCGAUUUAGCGAUGAGGGAUAUGCUCACUAAAUUCAGUGAGCAGUUAUCACUCUCUAAGUCUAAAUCUUUUGAUGAGAUGCAGAGAUUAGCUGAGAAAAUGACUUUAGGAAGUCCAACUAAUUCUGUGUUGACGCAUCGUAGUGCUGACAAAGUUAUGUUGAAGAAGCAUUCUUCAACCCAACUCCUACCAUCCAGAAGUCGGAAACUGUGGUGGAAACUAUUUCUAUGGAGCCAUAGGAACCUACAAGGAACAGGUACUAUCCAACAACUAGCAAUCAAGACGGCUCUAAACCAGCAGGGCGGGUACUGCUCGGAUACACUAGAACUAGGGAAAGGCAUGGACUCGAGCAACUUGGGAUCUCCUGGUUCGUUCACGGGAGAAUCCUUGAACAAAGGGCGCCGUGAUAAAGGCAAGGAGGUUUUGGAUGACUUCCAAGGAGGAGUAAGUGGGUUUUGGCCACAAAAUCAGUGGGUUGCUUUCCCCGAAGAAUCCUCUAGGUUUAUGAGAAUCAAUGAAUGGGUGAAUGAACUUCCUAGUCAUCCACCAUGCUUAAUUGAUGAGCAUGAUCAUGUUGAAGAUGAGGUUGAUGCUAGUAAAUCACCAGCAAGAAGCUUAUCUCUCAUCAGUCCACAUCCGAAUAUAAAUGUCCCGGAAGAGGUUGCACAUGCUAACGCAGUCAUCCGUUCUCUCAAUUCUUCCUCAACGGUUGCUCACAUCGCAGGCACUGGUCUGAAAGUUAUCCCUGCCAUGUCGCACUUAUCUAGCCUUCGAUCUGUCAAUUUAUCAGGCAACUUCAUAGUUCAAAUAACUCCAGGAUCACUACCAAAGGGUCUUCAUGUUCUCAAUUUAUCAAGGAACAAGAUUCACACAAUUGAAGGACUCAGGGAAUUGACACGUCUGCGCGUGCUCGACCUAAGUUACAACAGAAUCUCUCGAAUUGGACAAGGUUUGUCAAAUUGUACGCUCAUCAAAGAGCUCUACCUGGCCGGUAACAAAAUAAGUGAUAUAGAAGGGCUCCACAGGCUUCUGAAGCUGACUGUUCUAGACUUGAGCUUCAACAAGAUAACAACUACUAAAGCGCUUGGUCAGCUAGUGGCAAACUAUAACUCUCUGCUGGCUCUGAAUCUAUUGGGAAAUCCAAUUCAGAUCAAUAUAAGUGAUGACCAACUGCGAAAGGCAGUUCGCAGUCUGCUUCCACAGCUAGCUUUCUUAAACAAACAGCCAAUCAACUCACAAAAGGCACGAGAGGUAGGAACAGAAGCAGUUGCAAAAGCAGCAUUGGGCAAUAGCACUCGGGGCACUCAUAGAAGAGCAACCAGGAAAGUUAGCACUGGAGCUUCUUCAUCUUCAAGUGUGUAUAGGAGCAGCGCCAGUGUUGCGCAAAAGAGCAGGCAUAGGCUAAGAAGCCGAGCUCAACAUCAGUCUUCCAAGGCAAAGUGAUGUGCUUUAGCAUCUCCUUGUUCCGAAAUGUUUCAUGCUUUCGGACAGUGCAACCCGAGAAAGCAUGGUUUCAGUGUGUUUCGAUUUUGUUUUAUCUAUUUUAAUUUGUUCUUCAAAUUAAUUUGUGAAGGUUCUUCCUCAGUCUGCAUUGUAUUCAGGAAGUCUUGUUUGAAAGCCAGCUACUUGUGGCUUUCUAUGAUUGUUCAAUUUGGCAUGUUUUUCGACAUUAAUUUGCACCGUUAUAAACAUACUUAGCUUCUGUUUCUGGUUGAUAUUGAAUCUUGUGUUAAAUCUUUUUGAUC